GACAACCAAGAAGGAGCAGAGUGAGUAUUACCUCAACAACGAUUCCAUAUGAUGUGUCUGUCAUAUAAAAUGCUCGAUAUCACUAUUUGAAGUCAAAUGUGGACUAAGUGAAAUCCAGUGACCAAUCCCCCAGCAUACCAAUGUGCAUCAUUUUCUUCAAGUUAGAUCCCAGACCUGCAUCCAUAAAUGCCUACAGGCUAAUUUUGGCUGCAAACAGAGAUGAAUUCUACAACAGGCCGGCCAAAGCUGCAGACUUCUGGGGACCCAACAGUGAGAUCCUCAGUGGCCUGGACCUGGAAACUGGGAAGGAAGGCGGAUCAUGGAUAGGAAUUAACAAAAGGGGCAAGCUGGCUGCCAUCACCAAUUACUUGGAAGAACGACUGAAUCCUGAUGCGCAGGGACGAGGAUUCUUGGUGUCAAACUACUUUUUGGACAAGGAUCUGGACAGCUAUUCCUACCUAAAGAAGGUCUCAACAGAAGGCCACCUAUACAAUGGCUUCAACCUCAUCACAGCAGAGUUCAAAGCCAAACAAGACAUUGUGUGUUACUAUGGCAACAGAGGCAGCCCUGAACCCAUCUUCCUAAAGCCAGCAGGGAUCUAUGGCUUGAGCAAUUCGCUGCUGGACACUCCAUGGAGGAAAAUUGUACAAGGCAAGCGUCACUUCACCAGCAUAGUAAAUAAUCACUCCUUGUCUAGUGACGGACUGGUCCAAGAGCUGCUAAACGUCCUCUGUAAUGAAAAGCUAAACAAUCCUGAUCCAGAUAUCGAGGUUCAGGGUGAAGGUUACAACAAGUCCAUGCUCCAAGCGUUCUCUGCGGUCUGUGUUCGCCACCCUGAUUAUGGCACAAGGACCAAUACUGUUAUCCUGAUCGAUGGUGAAGGGAAUGUGACGUUUACAGAGCGCACAAUGCUCAACUGUGACGUAAACAAGUGGAGCACCAGUUCUUUCCAGUUCAAACUGCAGGAGUGAAACACAUUUGGGAGAAACUAACUCUGUGCCUUUCUACAUCACCUUUCCUUCCCUUCCAUCAGUCCUUGUCCUACCCUACAGGACCUCUAUAACCAUGUGAAUACAAAAGAAACGCUGACACUUUCUUUUAACCAUUUCGGUGUUUCGCAGUUGUGAAUCUUGCACCAUUUGGCAGUCCGUGACACAUGCAAGAGGUCAGUUUCAGCAGAGUUCCGGUGUCAGGAGCUCAGCACUCACAGUGUAAGCACAUCUUGUGAAAUACAGACAAUAAGACAACAUCGUGGCACAGCAGAAGUCCAUCACAGGUGCUAAGCCUCCUCUAGAUAACCCUCUCAACUUGGGAGAGCGUAUAAUCAUCAUAAUCACCCGUGAACUCGCUAAAUUAAUGCCAUCCACGUCCUUGCUUUGCCAUUGUUUACAUGCUCUGUGAGACAGCGGAACUCUGCUGGCACCGCGGUGCAUUCUGGGUAGCGCAGGCGGCCGCCAGGGGCAUUAUGGGAAACACUGAAAUACCAAAUUAGUAGUAGCUUUCUCAUUAGCAUCAUAGAAUUGUAAUUUUGAUGGCAUGAUGCUUUUAAAAAAGAAUUGCCAAAGAACAUAUACUCAUUUUGUAGAAGAAACUAUUUUACCUACAUGCCACAUAACAGCAAGUUUGUGUUCACUAUGAAUUUAAUUUAUUAAAGAUUGCAUCUACCGUGCUUGAUGUUUGUCAUUUACAAAAUCAUUCUAAAAAAAAGUAAUAUUAUUUCUUCCCCCACCCCCAUUUUCAUUAGAUUUUCACCUUUGAAGUUCAUCAUAAGGAGUACAAUUUCCUGACUGAAAUAAAGUCCAAAUUUUCUGUUUUACACAUUUAUAAAUAAAUCAAUCCUUGGCAUCAUACCAAGAUUUGUGAUGAUGAUGACUGGGAUUUAUGACUUCACAGUAACUAUAGUAGAUUACAGCACUGAGUUGAUGAUUAUAUCCAGGCUUUGGAAAAACAGGUAUGUAAUUUAUAAAAUGCAGUGAAUGAAUAACUAGAUGGGUCCUGUCAACCUUGUUAAUACUAUAACUCUAAAAGAAUAAAUGCUUUCAUUGUGUAACUGAACAGAUUAAUUUUGAUGCUCCAAAUCUAAUAGGCGACUUUGUUGUGUUUAUAUACUAUAACAGACAAUUCUCCUUCAUCUGUGCUUGAUGCAGGGAAUAAUUUCAUUGCAUGGUUGAUGGAAAUUAAAGGAAGACAUGGUUGAAGUUACAUGUGUUUUGUAAUUUGUCACCUUCUUUUAUUUCUAAAGCUCUGUAUGCUUGUCAUUUUAUGUGAUGUAAUAAGUGCCCAAACCUCCCUGUCAGUACUAGUUUUUGAAGGACAGCACAGAUGUGAAUGCUGAUUUUGUCACGGUACUACUGAAUGCUCAUGAAGUUGAACAAAUGCAUUUUAUAACUGCUUUACAAACAAAAAU